CCGAAAACCUUCAACCCUCAACCCAUUCAUAGUCUUCACUACGUCGGGUGUCUCAGCAUUCCUUUGUCGUCGUCGUCGUCGUCGUCUUCUUCCCUCACAAUCAGCAGUCUUGGACAAGAGAAUUGCUCAGCUGUCUUGUGUCAUCGUCGCCAUCUACUCGUAGCGCCGGUUCAGCAGGUUCAAUAUGGCCAUCUACAGCUUCUACAUCUUCGAUCGUCAUACGGAAUGCAUUUACAGCAAGAGAUGGCUACAGCAGCCGCAAUCCUCCAGCAAGCAAGCCCGACCUACGUCCGCUUCCACUACUGCAAGCGUCGAGAUGCCUGCAAGGAAAGCUCUAUCCGCUGCCGACGACGCGAAGCUCAUAUUUGGGACCGUUUUCUCCCUACGAAAUAUUGUAAAGAAGCUGGGCGGUGAAGAUGACGCAUUCUUGUCAUAUCGGACUGGCGACUACAAGCUCCAUUACUACGAGACUCCCACAAGGAUGAAGUUUGUGAUGUUGACGGACACCAAGACCAACAAUCUCCGAGUUGUACUGCACCAAAUCUGGGCGAAUCUAUAUGUAGAGUUUGUUGUGAAAAAUCCCUUGAGUCCUGUGGAACAUCCCGGGGGUAUUGGCGUCGCGAACGAGCUCUUCGAGAUGGGUCUAGAAAGCUUUGUCAGCUCAGUCCUUGUGUCUUAACACGGCCUGAUUGAAAGCGAAAAUCGGAAGUCGAACAAGACGAACAUGGUGGUUACCAUGGUCUUCAGUUCCAGGCAACCCACGUUCAAUCAUGGAUCAAGCAUCUAGGUCGCUUCUAGAUAGGUUGAACCAGAGCCUCCUAGAAAGCAAGUGGGGUAUGACCGACCUUUCAUAGGGGGGC